AUGACUUCCGACGCCCCUGCUUCGACUUCAUCCCCGCCACGCGAUCCAGCUGAGAUCAACAAACUAGUGACCGAACAGGAUGACCAGUCUUUCUACCAUCAUCCUUCCUGGUCGGAGCGAUGGUCACACCCCGAGUUUGUCGGCCACUUCCCGAGCAUUUGGCUCAAAGCCCCAUGGCUUGAACAGACCAAGCGAAGCCCAACAAGGUUCCUGUACCCGUCGCUAUGGCCCCUUGCCAUGGAUAGGCUGGCUAAAAUCAUGAAUUACUCCAUCGACUCUGAUCUUCACGCCGAAAUUCGAUGGAAGGAGCCUGAGGAUGAAGAGCCAGAUGCAGAUGCUGAGCGGUUGGUGAAGGAAACACAUAAGGAUGUUAUUUUUUCAGACAAACAGUUCUGGGAUGGAGCAAGUAUCGAGCAGGUUCGACAUCAUUAUGCUGAGUAUCUUCGUGCAAGCAAGGACCGGGGAGCUGGUCGAUUCGAAGGCUGCCUUUUCAUUGAUGAGCGGUCGCUGAAGUCAAUCGUUGCUAGUCCUGACCCUCAGCCCUGGCUCAAGGGGAAAAGGCCUAAGCAGCCCAUUCGGCCUUGGGGUUUUGUUGGUAUGAUCGAUGGGCGGUAUCCGGAGAAUCGGUAUGAGCCGGGAUAUACUGGCUAUAUGCGGGUGGAAAUUCUUUCCCUGUGGUCUCUCUAUGAUGAGUUGAGAUUCAAACACAUGCAGGAGCUUUGCCCCUCUGUUCCUGAUGGAUUAAUUCCGUUUUAUGACAGUGGGACUGGGAAAGCGCAAGACGAGGAGGGAAACUUUUUUCCAACGGCGGCUGAUCGAACGCCUCGACUGUUUUGA